ACGUAGAAAAUUUUUGAUUCUCGAGUGCGCACGUUCAGAAAACCCUUUUCAAAUGCCAAUUUUGUUGGGAAAACUCCUGAAACCGUUUUCCCCAUCUGUCACAGCGACUGCCCCGGCCGGAGAAGUUCCUCUUUUAACUAUUUAAAUUAUUCCAACACAAAAUACUGCCUCCGACGAGCCAGCCUUCACAUAAUAUUCAGGAUUCCUUACCUCAACGGCUUCUCGAGGCCGUACAAUUAUGGGUUUAUAUGACAAGAGUUUUUCUACUACCAGCAGCACUGAGCCCAAUGGAAGCGUAGUCAGAACCGGCGCCAGCGCCAGCACCGAGGAAGCAGCCAGCAGCAACAUUGUCGUCGUCGUCAACAGCAGCAGUUGCAGCAGCAGCCCAGCUCCUCCGUCAUCCCCAUCAGCAGCAGCAGCAGCAGCCUCGUCCUCGUCCUUGGCAGCAGCAGCAGCAGCAGCCCCCUUUAUAGCACAAAAAGAGCUCCCUGGAAUAGAAGUGGAGAUGUGCUCUUGUGAUAAUCAGAACCCUGCAACAUCCGCAGCCAAUGCAACAACUUCCAAUGGCAUUAAACGUAAACGGCGUUUUAGCAGCAGCGACUCCAAUGAUGAUGCAAAGGAUCCCGAACUCGGCUUUGAGCCACCAUCGGCCAAGCGGCAACAGCGUCUGCCUGCCAUCUAUGGCAGCGAUCAGAGCAGCAAUCUCUCCUCGGUGGCCUCCUCGGUGUACACCUCCCCUGGCCAGAGCACCCAGGAGCUGCUGAGCAUACGCAGCUCGCCGGCAGAUGAGUUGCCAGAGGCCUCGCACAGUCCGCUCCCCGACAGCCCCGACAGUCCGCCCAGUCCGGAUCGGGGCUCGGCCAAGCAGGCGCCCGUUGUCGUGCGCUACGCCGUGGACCAGGUCGGCAGCAACAGUCUGGCAGCAGUGACAGAGCAGCAGGAUCAGGAGGAUGAUGAUUUGCUGGACGACAGCUGCGAGGAGUAUUCGUAUGAUGAGGAGGACGAACUGGAGGAGGAGGACGAUGAGGAGAUUAACUCAUCGAACAUUUCGCCAGCCUCCUCGGGCUCCAACCCGCCAAUGACCGACUAUGGGGCCAAAACCCCACAGCUGACGCUGAGCAACAUCGUCAAGGACAUGUCACAGCUCGAAGACUACUCGGGCCUGAAUUGCAUGUCGCCGGCGGUGGAGAGCUCUCUGCGUCAGUGCCCCCUUCCGGCCCUAGCCUGGGCCAAUGCGGCAGAUGUGUGGAAGCUGAUGUGCCAUCGGGACGAUCAGGAUUCGCGUCUGCGCAGCACCACCAUGCUGGAGCAGCACCCGGGCCUGCAGCCGCGCAUGCGGGCCAUCCUUCUGGACUGGCUGAUCGAGGUCUGCGAGGUGUACAAGCUGCACCGCGAGACCUUCUAUCUGGCCGUUGACUACCUCGAUCGCUAUCUGCAUGUGGCCCACAAGGUGCUAAAGACGCACCUGCAGCUGAUUGGCAUCACGUGUCUGUUUGUGGCCGCCAAGGUGGAGGAAAUCUACCCGCCGAAGAUCGGCGAGUUUGCUUACGUCACCGAUGGCGCCUGCACCGAGAGGGACAUCCGGCAGCACGAGAAGAUCCUGCUGCAGGCCCUCGACUGGGACAUCAGCCCCAUCACCAUCACCGGCUGGCUGGGCGUCUACAUGCAGCUGAAUGUUAACAACCGCACCCCGGCCUCGUUCAUGCAGAUCGGCAAAGAGAACGCCACCGAGAAGGCAGCCGAUGAUGCCUUCAUCUAUCCCCAGUUCUCGGGCUUCGAGUUUGUCCAGACCUCGCAGCUGCUGGAUCUGUGCACCCUCGACGUGGCCAUGGCCAACUAUCCGUACUCGGUGCUGGCUGCGGCCGCCAUUAGUCAUACAUUUAGUCGAGAGACGGCCCUCCGUUGCUCUGGCCUGGACUGGCAGGUGAUCCAGCCCUGUGCUCGCUGGAUGGAGCCCUUCUUCCAGGUGAUCUCCAAAAAGGCCGUCUACCUGCAGGUGAAUGAGCAGAACGAACAGGUCAGCAACAAGUUCGGACUGGGCCAUGUCUGCCCCAACAUCGUCACCGACGAUUCGCACAUCAUUCAGACCCACACCACCACGAUGGACAUGUAUGACGAAUUGCUGAUGGUCCAGGAUGCGCUCCACGCUAUGCGAGUCCGGACCCAGGCCUCGCCGGCCACAGCGCUGCGCGCCCCGGAGAGUGUGCUCACGCCGCCCGCCUCUAGUCACAAGCCGGACGAGGAGCUAGGCGAUGAGGAGGAACCGUCGGCGAACAGCAGCAGCAGUAGCGGCAUAAAGAGCGGCGGCGGCAUUAGAAGCUCCACUUCGUGUCACGCUGCCCAUCGCGGGAAUAUUGCCACAGCUGGCAGCAUAAUGGCUGAGAACAGCAGAGGCAAUCGCUGAGAGCUCCAGCGGAUGCAUCAAGCAAACACAAACACACACCACGCCCGCCCAAACAGUUUUACGUUAAGUGUUUCUUAUAAUUAAAUUAUUUAUGUUAAGUGAAAAGUUAUUAGUUGCCUAAUUCCUAUGCUAAAAAAAUAUUUAAUUUCAAAUUUUGCAAGCGCCCUGGCCCCAUAUUUUUUUUGUUUCUUCGGCUUGAUAUUUUUUUCGUGGCCUGAUUUUCGCUCAGUUUAAUAUUUAAAUAUGUGUAUUUAUCCAAAAUCAGAAAUAUAAUCUUAAAUGUACACUCCUAA